GGUUUUUUUAUGUUGGUAUUUUGUAUCGUUAUCGUCGGUCACACUAGUCGCAAUGCAAAAAACGCCGCAAGUAAAGCUGUUGGCCUGGCUGCUGCUCCUGCCGGUGUUCUGCUUGGUGCCGCCAGUGAAUGGCUACGACAAGGAGAUGACCGUCUAUGUGGAUGCGGGCAAGACGGAGUGCCUGUUCCAUAGCGUCAAGCAGGGCGAGACGAUUGACUUUGAGUACCAGGUGAUCGAUGGCGGCCAUGGGGAUCUGGACAUCAGCUUCACCCUGCUUGAUCCCAUUGGCCUGGUGAUAGUCAGCGACUUUAAGAAGCCGGAGAACAUGCACCGGCACGAUGUGGAGAAGGAGGGGGACUAUCGCUUCUGCUUCGACAACAGCUUCAGCAUGUUCAACCGCAAGACGGUAUUUUUUGAGCUGAUUGUGGAGCGUGAGGGCGAUCAGCAUCAUGGCGACACACAGUGGAACGAGGAUCUGGCCGAUCUCACGCCUGACGAGUACUACGACAUGAAGGUGCAGGACAUCAUGGACUUUAUCGGUCGCAUUCGGUUGCAGCUGAACAAGGCACGCCAACUGCAGGACAUGCUCCGAUCGCAUGAGGCCCGCGACCGCAAUCUGGCGGAGACGAACUUCCAGAAGGUCAACCACUGGUCGAUGCUACAGAUCAGUGCCAUGAUUGGCGUGGGUCUCGUCCAGGUGUUCAUGCUGCGCAGCAUUUUCGAGACCCACGGUCGAAUGCAUCACCUGUGGCGCAAGCUGGGCAUUUGAUGCAGUGUCCGCCGCCGCCAGGCCGAAGAAAACUGUGGAGAGUUUACCAAAGAUGCGAGAGCUCCAGGUUCUGGUCCAGGUCCAACAGCAUUUCAACUUUAAUUUGGACAUUUUCAAUGCCAAUUAGUAUGUAAAUUAAACUGCACGGCCUUAACCCAUAGGCCGCCGCUUGCCAUCAUCUUAGGAUAUAUACAUACUAGUUCUACAUGCAUACAAACA